GAGAAGACCCUGGACCUGGAUCUCACAAACUCUCCUUCCCCACCCUUUUCUCUCCAAGAGGAACCUGCCAAAUUAGUCUCCUACUGUUAGAAACCUUAAAGAUGUUGCUGUUGUAUCCGGCAUCCGCCUCCCUACCAUCACUGCAACUGCUGGCCAAUAGUUCAAGCAUCAAAUGUAGAAGUGGAUUGCAUAUGCCACUGAAGGUAAUGGGUAUGGCAAAGGAAAGCAGCGACAGCGGUGAUGGCAUCACAGAGAAGGUAGCCAUAGUGGGUGGCCUGGUAUCUACCCCCGUCAUUGCCUGGUCUCUCUACACUCUGAAGACAACAGGCUGUGGCCUGCCCCCUGGGCCAGGAGGCUCAAUAGGCGCACUUGAAGGUGUGAGCUACCUCAUUGUCGUGGGAAUUGUGGCUUGGUCCUCGUACACCAAAUACAAAACUGGCUCCGGUCUCCCUAACGGACCUUUUGGCUUGUUGGGUGCUGUUGAAGGCCUUUCAUAUUUAUCAUUGCUCGCCAUUUUGGUGGUGUUCGGGCUGCAGUUUUUUGAGCAGGGUUCCAUCCCUGGACCCCUCCCCAGCGACCAGUGCUUUGGCUAAAGCCUUGUGUAUCGUCAUCCUUGUUCUACCUCAAGAUAAUGUACUACAGGCCAGUACAUUUCCUAUCGGCUGUAUAUGGUCAUGCUUCACCCGGGCUGUCGGUUGAAGAAAAUUGCCGUGAUUGAAUGUUGAUCCACACUUUUUCUUUCUCCACUGUUGGUCUCCUGUUUAUAGUUAAAUCUUUUUCUCCAAUAAAUUGGGCUUUGGAACAGUUUUGCUUA